CGGUGCGCUGCCGGUGUCGAUGCUGCCACCAGAGCUUAUUGCGCUCCGCGACUUUGGUGCUGUCGUCGCCCUCGCCGACCACUGGCCGGUCGUGCACGUGACCAAGAUCCCAACUCUGCACGCUUACCUCGGCAUUGCUGCGCUGCCAGCGUUCCGUGGCGUCUUCAUCGACCCUGGUUUUGCGGCGCUCGCGUGGCUCGACGCGACCUUGCCGCCCCAAAUGCCCGUGACGCUCGUCAUGGACCUCGCGGUGCCAGGUCUUCUCGGUGCCUUUGCGCACGCGUGGGGCAGCCGCAUUUCCCAUGUCAUCAUCCAGGGCCAUAACGUGCAAUUGGACCCGAUCCCAGACAUGCUGGCGCGCUGCGUGAACGUCGAAUCCGUCACGAUCGAGAGCACCGCGACACCCGCCGCCGCCGCGUACUUGGCGGCGAUGCCAACGCACCGCUUGCGUGCGCUCCGAGUGCGUACGAACGCCGUCGGUGCACUCGACGCCUCUGCCAUCGUCGCAUGGCUUCAAGGACCGAGCGCGUCCUCUCUCUUGCUCGACUGCGGCACGGUGCGUGACCCAAUAGCACUCGCCCGCGCGAUUCAGACGUCGCCUGCGCUGUCUACCUUGAGUCUCGUGGAUGCUGCGGGCGUUCGAGCCGCCUUGGCAACGUCGCCACACGCGUUGCAUCACAUCACAGCGCUCGCAUUGAGCCAAGAUGCCACGCAGCAUGCCAUCGACGUCCUCGGCAAGGUGGAUUGGCCCUCGCUGCGCUCUCUGAGCGUCCGCAACACGCGUGAAAUUGUCCUUCCGCUCUACGACAUCGCGAACGCCCUCAGCGCGUGUUCGUCGCUAAAAUCGGUGACCCUCUACCACUGGCUUUUGCCCGGUGCCCAGUUCACGGGUGUCUGCCCGCACCUCUCGACGGCCUCACUCGGCACCGUGCUCGGGAAGGAAGGGGUCUUGGCGCUGGCGCGCGCGCUGCCCGCGUGGAUGGCCCGUGGCCUUGAGAUUCUGCGCCUCGACAGCACAUGGCUCCAUGACAAGGACGCGAUGGUCCUUGCGGUCGCGCUCGCCUCUGGCAAGAACCGACGACCGCUGACGAUCGACUUGUUAGCCAACAACAUGACAAUUGCGUCGGCGCCCGGGCUGCUGACAGCACUCGGGGCCUGCCGCAAUGUCAAGCUGCGUUUUGGCACCGAUUUUGCGCAACGUAGCAUUUGGUCGGGCCACCGUCUUGACGGCGAUGAAAACAUCCGAGACCUCAUUCGAACGCACCAGCUCCAGUACGUGGUGUCGGAGCAUACCUUUUUGUCGCCGUCUCGUGUCUCGUCGCCAUGGCAGCUCGUCUAA